GGCGUGUUGAUUGCGCAGUCCGGACGCGCCCAACACAACCGGAAAGAGCUGAUGCAGAUACAGAUACACAGACUGGACUGGGCGGCUAAAAUGUUGAGGAGCGAAAUGGGACAACUAUGACUUACCUCUCCCAGAAUGUGACCAUCAGAAUCGUCCAUGUAUUGAAACUAAGGCAAUGUUAUUGGCCCUGAUGGACAGAACAGGUUGUAAUGAUGAAGGUUCUCCCCAUAUAUUCUUGAUUAAUUCAUGCCCAAGACAGUAAAGAGAUGAAAACUCUUGAAUUCUUCAGAAUUCAGUUAUAAAGGACUUCAAAACAUAGGCUAAAGGAGAGCCUACAGCCUACACUACUAUACACAGGACUUACAGAAGACUCCUUUUACCUCAAAAAUGGUCGAUAAUCGUUACGCCACGGCGCUAGUGAUCGGCUCUGUUUUGAGUCUGUUGGCUAGCGUGUAUCUGUCGGUGGCAGUGGGCACUCAGCACUGGUACCAGUACCGGAGCCUGCCAGCUAGCAAUGAUGCCAUGAACGGCUCGGACCUGCAGAUGCUGAGGGAAACUUUUAAGUCUGAAGAUGUGAGUGAGAAGACGUACAGUGAAGCCCUGUUCCGCCUCAACGGCACCCUGGGGCUGUGGUGGCGCUGCAUUCUGGUGCCUCGGGAACCACACUGGUUUAAACAGCCUGAAACUAAAAUGAUGACUGACUGUGAGUCCUUCACUUUGCCCCAGCAGUUUGAAACCAAGUACAAGCACCCUGGCAACUCCAGUAAUGAUGAGGAUCUACUCCGCACUUAUCUGUGGAGGUGUCGGUUCUUGUUCCCACUGGUGUCUCUUGGGCUGGUGUUUCUGGGAGCGCUGAUCGGAGUUUGUGCCUGUCUCUGUCGCAGCAUCACCCCCACCCUGUUUGUCGGGUUACUCCAUCUGCUGGCUGGCCUGUGCUCUCUGGCUACAGUAUGCUGUUUCCUAGCUGGAAUAGACCUGCUGCACAGAGCAUUAGAUUGGCCUGAAGGGAUGGACUACUCUCUGGGCUGGUCACUCUACCUGGCGCUCGUCUCCUCGCCGCUCCAGAUGAUGGCAGCUGCUCUCUUCAUUUGGGCUGCCAGGAGCCACCGGAAAAACUACACCCGCAUGACAGCCUACAGGGUCGCCUAGUCAGUGGUGGACCCCGCCCUCCCAUGCAGCCAUCUCUGUAAACCAGUGUGAACAGCUGCAUGGUUUCCUAGGAGUCAGGUUUUUCUAAAAAGCUCAGCCCACGCUUUGCUUAGGCUAAUGCUUGACCACUAACUGAAGGACUGCACCUACUCAAGACAACAGUUAACAGGCUUGUACUAAUCAUAUGUUCCUUGUCCAUGUAUACCCACUUUUGAUCCCAAGUGCUUAACUCGAAGAGGCUUUCACCUUCAUUUUAUUACCUCCUUGUUUACCACUCUGUUAGACCCCACAGACACCAAAUGGACCCAUGUUCAGAAAGUACCUAAAUAUUCCCGAACAUGUAAUGUAGUAUCACCUGAGAUCCACCCAUUCGACUUCCAAUAGAUUUUGUAAGGGAAACAGAUUUAUUAUGACAAGUGAAUGGUUUUACUUUUUUAGAUGGCCUGGACUUUUUUUGUAAUUUUGAUUUUGUGUGAUCAAAUUCACGGCAGGACCUGUGGUUUUUGUUUUUCAUUUUAUUUGCUUGUGUUGCACCUGUGUCUAUUUGAAAUUAUGACUCACAAGCAAAAUUAUUUUUAGGGUACUUUGGCUCUUAAUACCACCUAAAUAGGCAAGAGCCUAGAAAAGAGCAAACAAACUAGAAUUGUGGCCUGCUGGAGAUGGUUCAGUAGCAGGAACUGGUACCAGAAAUGCCAGGAAAUAGAUUAUUUAGCAUGUUUUGAAAAAUAGAUAUGUUCUGUUAAGCAGUUUGCCACUAAAGGGAAAGGGAAAUUUCCUCAGAUGUUUUAAAAUUUCUGCAUAAUUAAAUUAUUAAGAUGAUAAACAGUCAUUUUAAAGUGGCCUGAUGUGAAAAGCUUCAUUGCAGAGUAAUUUACUGCAUUAGGAUUGUUCACAUUAGUGGUGACAUCCUAAGUGUUUACCGUCUUUAAAAGCUACUUCACAAACAGUUAUGUGAAAUGGAUAUGAAUACACUGCCUGAUUUUUGAGACAUCGUAUUAUGAUCUGUUUGUAACCAUUUUUCUGCCUGACACAUUUUUUCAAAGUUUGUUCCUGGAGAGGGACAAGCAGGGUGCUGUAAGGCAAACAGACACAUAUGUAGCUUCAUCAGUCAUUUAGGAUAUUAUCCACAUCAGCCUGAUAGGCCUGAGGAGUUAUGUCACACGCAAGUAGCCAUUGGCAACAGUAAAUCUAUCAAUUGCAGUGUGUAGGACCGGAGCUUUCUAUGUGCCCUCAUGUUUUCUAUCACUGUAUAAAAGAUGCAUGAGGCUUCCUCUCUCACUGGGCACCAUAUUUCCCCCACAGCCCUCCAUCACCACUUUUCUUUUUGGAUCAACCUAAGUAGACAUCACCACCCCUGGUUCCUGGCACCAAAGAAAACAUGUAAAGUGUGUAGUUUCUCUACAGACAACUGUUUCACAUCAAACCACUCUGAAUGACUUCACAACUCAGUGACUGAAUUAAGCUGAAAUUUUCCCAUUUAAGCCAGAUAGCCAGAUUUCAUCUGAAGACUCACCUCAAUUAAUUGCCUAGAUCUCACGUUUCCUGUGUUUGUGUGCAUUGGUAGAAGUUUUUCGAUGUAAGCAGUUUCUAGUUUUGUCCACAUGAAUGCAGUAUGUAGCAUAAGAUUUAUAUUAGAUGUGUAAAUAUGCAUGUACAAUGAUAAAAAAAGAAUGCCAUAAAUUCUUGCCUUUGUUUCUCAAACCAAUAACACAGCAGCUCAGUGUGCAGCAAUAUUAUGAGCAUCAACCACUUAAGCCUUUUUACCUUUUUCUUGUAUAUGUUUUGGAUUGUGGUCUUCACUACAGUGUGGUCUUUAAAGCUGUAUUGGUUUCUCGGCUGGAUUGCUGUCAGAUUGGUUUCUUGGUGGUUCAGGUAACCACUGUAAUACCACUAAGCAUGACUGUUGUGUGCGUGUGCGUGUAUAUAUAUAUAUUUUAUAGUUUAUUUGGAAUGUUUUGUUUUCAUUUUGCAUGUGCCUCAUUACCAAUGCUGUGCUUGACCUUCUUUGUAAUGUUUGAAUUUUUCUUGAAGAUUGUCAGAAACAAGCUUCUUUCAGAAAACAGCUAGAAAUGCACAAGUGAAGAACACAAUCAAUACAUGCAAUACAUUAAAUCUGGGUUUAAAGAUUACCUCACUCUGCAGUGUAUGAGGGCAGAUCACUGUGACAUCUCAACAGUGUCCAAAACACUCAGCAUCUUUCUGCCUUUUAUACAUAUUUUUAUACGUCUUCAUUCCAAGUGAUCACAAUAAACAUCUUUUCUAGUGGAAUAUUUAUUUGGUGACUUCAUUUGGUGAAGAAUUGAGUGUAAAAAUGAAGUUAUGUUUAAAAUUGUACGUUUCAAGUGAUACAUUACACUUUAUAGGGCAUCUUAUAGAAAACUGACUGAUCGUACCAUCUAUAAUAAUGCCUAUAAUAAUCACAGUAUUAGAAGAUUAAUAUACCUAAGGUUGUGGUUUGUAAGAGAACAUCGGUACUGAGGAUCAAAUUAUCAAAUACAUUAGGCCUCAUGCACGCACCAAGUCAUACUCGCUGCUUUCAUAAGUACUAUUGUAAUUGGAAUUCUUGGCAACACUAUUAUUUGGACAGUCCACU